AUGUCAUCGAAGGCCAGCCAAGAAGACGUCCCGCAGUUUGGUCGCCGGCUACUUCCCACUGUGAUUGAUGAGAGGGCGAGAAAGGAGCCUGAUAAGCCUGUGGCUUAUCUUCAACGCAGCGAGAGCCUCGCUGAUGGGUUCUGGCCUGUCACUUUUCGGCUUUUUGCCAAUGCCGUUAAUCGUGCUGCCUGGUGGAUGAAGGAGCGAGUGCAGAUUCCCGAGGCAAAUGGAGCUGUGGCAUACCUUGGGCCCUUUGAUAUUCGUUAUUUUAUAUUCAUCUACGCCGCGAACAAGCUUGGUGUUCAACUAUUCCUCCCAUCUCCGAGAAACAGCUCCGAGGCAAUGGAGCAACUCUUCGCCGCGAGCAAAACUCGCCAGCUUCUGAUCCCUGGAGGAGAAACUGGCAAGCCCUAUCGUCAUCUUGUCCGAGGGUUGGAGAAAAGCCUUGAGACCAUUGAAGUAGAGGAUCUGAGGUAUUGGCUGGAUUCCGUCCCUGUCCUGCAUUAUCCAUACGACAAGCCAUACGAUGUCGGAAAGCUUGAUACACACGUUAUAUCACACACAUCGGGUAGCACGGGGAUUCCCAAGCUUAUCAAAGUACCAAAUGGCCAAAUGUGCACCAUCGAUGCAAAGCACCACCUGCCUGAGAUCCCAGGACACGAGUGGCUGCUGACACGAUGGAAAACAGCAACGAGGUUUUUCACAACUUUCCCUCCUUUUCACAUGGGUGGAGUUCUUUCGCUCCCAAUCCACUCAAUAUAUGGAGAUAUACCUACCGUCUUCGGGCCCCCUGGGGCAUUGUCUAACGUCAAGUUGCUGACGGAGGCCAUUACUUACUCCGAAGCCGAUUGUGCCGGGCUUCUUCCUACGCUAGUCGAAGAGAUGAGCAAGUCUCCCGAAGCUCUUAAGUGCCUCGCAAAUCUUAAGUAUGUAAGCACCGGUAGUGGCGCUCUCUCACAGGAAAUUGGAGAUUUCGUGAACAAGCAUGUUGUUCAAUUAUACAACACGGUUGGGUCCAGUGAAUGUGGCCUCAUUGAGUCAUGCGUACCUCCUCGCGAAGACUGGCAAUGGAUUUAUUGGCCCAAAGAAUACAAGAUGAACGGCAUGGUCAUGCGUGAGACAGGCGAGCCUGGGACCUAUGAGCAAGUGUUUAUCCGCCAUGAACGCUACUCGUUGUUACAGGGCUGUUUCCAUGUAUUUCCGGACAAGCAGGAAUUUUGCACUUCGGAUCUCUACGAGAAGCAUCCAACCAAGGAAGAUAUGUGGCGUCCGAAGGGAAGAGCAGACGCAGUUCUUGUCUUCUCGACCGGUGAGAAGAUGAAUGCGUCGGCCGUCGAAGAGAUCGUGCGAAAACAUCCCAAGGUUUCUGGUGUUUUGGUUGUUGGUCAAGGCAAAUUCCAACCAGGAAUACUCGUGGAACUGAUCGAGGAUCUCGAUUUAGGAAGUAGUGACAUGAACCAACUUCGGAACGAGAUCUGGGAGUUGGUACAGCAGGCAAAUACCAUGAGCCCUUCGCAUGGUCAAAUUUUGCAGGAUUUCAUAUUAAUGCUCGACCCUAGCCAGAGGUUCUCUAGAACCGAUAAACGAAGUAUCAAGAGGCAGCAUACCAGCGAGCUCUAUCAACGAGAAAUUGACGCCCUGUACAGCAACGCCAUGACAGGUUCGAAGGAGUGGCUAGUAAACCUAUCAACAUUCUCAGAAAGUGAGGUCCAAGCCAGCCUCAGAAGUUACUUUCUGGAAAAGUUUGACGUUGAAAGUAUUGAUGACCAUGCCAACCUUCUCAAUCUUGGGAUGGACUCACUGUUGGUCACCGCUCUAGCUCGAAGGAUAUAUGUUGGAGAGACCAGCAGUAUACGGAUCACGCCACAAGUCAUCUACUCGAACCCUACGAUUGAUUCACUGGCUCGAGCCUUGAAAAAUAUGACCCUCGACUCGGAGCUCGAACAUGGGGAACAAUUCAGCAAAGUUGUCUCGAUGGCCAAGGAUUAUUACAACAAGAACAAGGCCCGCCUCCAUGCACCAGAGUCUCUCAGUCGUCUCCCUAAACGGCGCACCAAUUUACACGUUCUCCUCACCGGGAGUACAGGCAAUCUUGGCCGGUACCUGCUCCAGUCACUCUUGAAGGACGAGAGAGUAGCGACAAUUCCCAGCAUAGAGGAAGCAAAGAAAUCAGAGACACUAGCCCGCUCGUUUCCGAACAAGAAGGUUUCCUCCGUCUCAAUCAGUCCUGGUGCUCCAGAUCUGGGCCUCACAGAGGAGAGUCGGCGCUCAUUGAGAGACUGCGACGUAAUCGUGCACAAUGGCUGGCUGGUCAACUUCAAUACGCCUCUACAAGGAUUUGAAAGCUUACUAGAUGGCAUGGUGAGCUUGGUGAAUUUCGCUCUUUCGUGCCCUCGUCAACCGAGGUUCUGCUUCGUUUCUACCAUUGGGGCAGUGGCCGGCUGGGAGGACACCACGCAGCCGGUGCCUGAAAAGCCUCUCGAGCCGUGGCACUAUGCAAGAGGAGGCUAUGGGACUUCUAAGCUGGUAGCCAGCAAAAUGCUGGAAUUUACGACCGACAAAUUUGGCCUCGACUGCGAUGUAUAUCGUGUAGGCCAAAUUGCUGGACCCACCACGGAGGAGGGUCAAUGGAACACCACCGAAUGGCUUCCAAUAAUCAUGAAGAGCUCGAGGUAUAUUCAAGCAGUGCCAGAAAACCUUGGCAGCAUGAAUGUCGUCGAUUGGGUACACGUCGAUGACUGUGCCAAAGUCGUUGCGGAGUUGGCAUUACGAGAGUCGUCACAACCCGGGACACAUUACUUCAACAUCUCCAAUCCCCAAAUAUGUGGAUGGGAGGACCUUCUUCCUGCGGUGCAGUCCGCGUAUAAAGAAGUGGAGGUGGUGAGUCUUCCCGACUGGGUCCAAAGGGUGACUGCCCUCCAUGAUAUUGACCGAAACCCUGCACUGAAACUCCUUGAUAUCUUUCAAGGACUAGAUAAACAGCCACGUGUCUACUUGGAGACCAAGGAAACAAGAGCUCACAGCACAGUUCUCGACUCGAUGGACAGAAUACAGGCUGAGGAUAUGGCUCGGUUCAUUCGACAGUGGAAUUUUUGA